UACACUGAUUCGCGCAACUAGAUAUACAGUGUCUUUAAAGCUUGUUUUCUUAAUUGCAGCCUAACUAUUUAAGGAACACUUGCUUAACACAAAGUGACAGGCAUUUUCUCAAUUCAGCCGCUGAGUUUUCCAACCACGAUGUGAGUGUUCCAAGGAUGUUCGAGUCAGAUAAUCGAUUUCAGAAUGACUUCUAAGGCUCACACUCAAUUCCUUCUGCCUCGACUUUGUGCAGGUCCCAAGGUUUGUCAGGCAGUCAAGAACCCUUAUGACCUUGUGUGUGCAAGGUGUGGUGAAAAGACUUGCCCCUUUCACCAGAAUCACCAGAGCUUAAAUUGAAUGCCCACAUGAUCCAUACCUUAUGUACAGGCUAAACCCAAACCACAAGCAAAACCUUAUGCCGCCGUGGUGAGCUCUGCCUGAGAAUACCGGUCCAGUGUCCCACAUGAUCCGGUCCAGUGCUGCUGGUUAGCCAAAGGCACUGAGGCUUGUGAAGGCCGCCCAUCAAUUCAGGUUGCUAUGGACAUCCAUCUUGGCCACGUUAGAAGUGCUUAAACAUGGAGGCUCCAGACAUUUCACGCGCUGCAACCAUCAAAGACGCUUUCAGCUCAGCAACUCACGGGGCUUUGGUCACCGGUUCCGGCAACGAGAUGACUUCGGACCGGACUCAUUCUCGAUGGACCAGUGAACGGGGGAGGUCACGGUCGAAGCGAGCAGCCGGUCGAGACGGAAGGGGGUGCCUGUUGGGUGGGUUUUUCCACGGUCCAGAGACUUGGGUGGGGAAAAAACAAUAAAACAGCAGGUGAUUUUGCAAAACAAAGCACAAGACGCAGGUCAAUGAAGCUCUGGGCAUGGAUGAUCGGAUCAAUACAUGUAAUUGCUACAAAGGCCUCCAGGAGCUAUCGGAUAGUACCUGGUGUUUUUGGAAGAUGGUGCGUGCCUGGCCGAGGAAUUUCGGUAAGUUCCAGACGCACGUAGAGGUUGAGCUGCAGACGUUGAAGGAGACCUUAGAGUCCUUGGUGGAGGAACUUGCUGCCCCCAUGUUCUCCUCACGAAGCAGCGCUGGGAGUAGGGCUUCUUCAGUGGGCUCUGAGCAGCCCAAGGACCCUGAGACGGUGGUGCUACACACCUGGAAUACAUCCAAGGGGAGCCUCAAGCCCCCAACACCAUAGCAGUCCGACUUGCAAGACGAUCCUUAAUUUUUCGUCCAUUUUCUUCGGCUGGUUCGGCUAAAGCCAAGCCCAUGCGGGGACGCGACCGGAGACCGUGACAUCACUCCGGUCGGGGGGUCCCACCGACGCAUAUUCUGUGGGUGAUGUUCAACUGUUUACUUCUUCCAUGUUUAGGAGGUGGACUGGUGGACCGGUCGACAUGAU